CUUCGUACCGCAAGUAGCGCACCGUACAGAAGUAAAAAAAUUGUGCACGUCUCGCGGCCGCGUAGGCUUUUUUUUACUCGGUGUAAAACUCGGAAAUCCGGCUGGCAAGCUACACUAAACAGGUCAAAAUCGAUCCGGAAAUGCAUUCUACCCUUGGUGGUAGGAUCGGUGUCUAAGUGAAGAUUUUCCUGACGGUGGAAAGCGGCUGGCAAGAACCAAAAUAUAGAAAAUCUGGAAGCAAUCGAAGCUGUGUGUGAAGCCUCAGCGAAGGAAAACAACAAGAAGAAGCCAAGGUAUCUUUUGGGUAAAUAAAAGAAUUGAUCAUUUAAUGAUGGAUACAAAAUCGGCUGAUGAAACGUCGAAAAAGGAGCUGCCGGUGGAAGCAAUAGUAGAUGAGUUGAAGCAGAAAAACGAGCUGACGGAAGCUGCAACAACAGAGCCAAAAUUAUCCGCUGCAGCAAGCGAAAAGCAGCAGAACAAUGACGUAGGGGCGGAAUCAAACGCGGAUGAAACGAGCGGCUCAAAGUGUCGACCAGCGGCAGGCGACGGUACCGCUGAAAGCGUUACGCUAGAAGAUGAGACUGUUGUCAAAUCUGACAAAGUGGAACAGAAGACUGAUACUGCUCAUUCGAUGCCAGAUGAUGAGGAGGCAGCUGAAGAGCAGUUUGAGGAUGCUGUUGAUACGGUGGAGAAGCUGGAAUCGACCGAGGUUUUAACCCCAAUUGCCAAGAAAGCCUCAAGUGCAGAGCUGAAAUCUAUUCCGUCCGGCAUAAGCCAACCAACGUCAGCAUCUCAAGAAUCGCUCGUUGCUGUACAGUCGGUUAAGGCCGAAUCGUUCGAAAUCGAAAGCUCACCGGAGAAAAGUUCGCCCGAUAAGGAUGUCGUUCCUACACCUGUGUAUUCUCGCCCUGGGCCGUCUUCUUCUAAAGUAGGUGCACUAGGGAGAACGUUCCCCGUCAAAGCUUCCACGGAAAUCGUAACGGUAGACUUGGAUGACGAUGAUGAUGAAGAUGAAGAAGCGGAGAGAGAAUAUAGAGAUGCUCGAUCCAAACGAGAGACCUAUGAUAUCGAUGAGGAAGAUGACGAUUACUAUGACGACCCGGACAGUGACGAUCAGGAUGUGAAUCGUGUACUUCAGGAAGUCAACGACGAAAUCAACGCAAUGGAUGAUCCGGACUCGAGAGAUGAUAAGAUGGAUGUUAGCUCGGACGAGGAUGAUUACAGUGAAGAUGAUGAUGAAGAAGAGUCAGGCAGUCUGCAGCGUAGAAACGUAUCAGGUUCGGGUGCUAGCAGUGCCAAGCGAAAGCACAGUGAUUAUUCGGAGGACGAUGUGGUGUACAGUGAAGACGAGGACGAUGAUUUCGUCGACGAGGAUGACGAUGAGGAUGUAGAAGAAGUGGUGGACCUGGAAGCGGAAAACGUGUCGAAAAAGCCUCCGCAGGCGUCAGUGUCAAUGGGACAAAUCAGUGUUGAUGACGAAAGUGAUGAUGAUGAUGUGCAACAGGAAAGGAAUCUGUCGCAUAAAGUGAAGUAUAAAACAUACCGGAAGAAGCUGGUAGCGAGAGUGCUCAAGAGGACCCACAAAAUACUAAACAGACGCAGUAUGCACGUUAUGGAAGAGGGCAGCGAUGUGCUCGUCUGCUCGGAUGCCAAAAUAGUCAGCCUGAAAUCUACUAUCGGUGCGGCAGUGAAACCCUCGUCAGCGGAAGAAGCCUCCGCCACCAUUGUUAGGGAUUCCGACGCUAAAGAGACUAGAACAAAGGAUCAGCCGGUUUCAUCUGAUACACAGGAAAACCCGAAUGAUUCGAUCGUAGACGCUGUGGGUGUCGUCGGGGCUGAAGUGCAAGAGGAGAACAAAGAGAACAUGACGGUCAAGGACGCUACCAAGGAAGUUCGACGGGAGACCACCGAUGAUAAGGUAAAGCAAAGUGAUGACGAGCGAACCGAGCGGCGAGGCCGAAAAACAACCAAGGAUGAGCCGGAUGUGAUCGAAUCUGUCAUGGACGAUAUCGACGAUAUAAUAGAUGAAGCCAAAUAUCAGAACGGAACGAAGGGUGGUGAUUUCAAUGAUGAACUUGCGUUUCAAAUGGAUGCCGAUGGAAGCCAACCGGACGAUGAGGAUCAUUAUGACGACGGUGACGAUGACGAGGACGACGAUGAGGAGGGUGCAGUGGAUUUGUCCUCGUCGUAUGAUGCAAACAAAAGUGACCGAGAAGAUUAUGGUAGGCAGAGCCAGACGGACGAAUCGGAUGCGGUGGAGAUGAUUGACAGCUCGCCAGAAAAAAGUUCCAGCGUCGCUAGCAUGAACAAAUCUCCUACGAAAACGUCUGUCCCUAAACUAGAAAGUGAUCUCAGUAAAGCUAUCAAGCAGGAAAAUGAAUUGUUAGUAUCUGCGAAGAAAGAUGAAGCGGAACAGAUUGAAAAGCAGUCAGAUUCUGAAAAUCCUUCUCUGACUGCGAGCGUGACUAUUCCGAAUAAAGAUGACCAAUUGGAAGCUCUGAAAGAACCCCAACCAGUUUCGCGGAAACGUCGGCGGUCUGUUGAACCGAAUGAGGAGCGCGAAGAAGAGCCACUACUACCGUCGAAAAAGCUUAAACGUGAACUGGAGUGUAAUUUCCAUGCGCACGAUCUACUGCUGAAAGAGUACAUUGAAACAACCACCAACAACUCAAUAGACGACGUACAAAAGCACACCGAUGCACUGCAGGUCGAGAUUCGGACCCUAAACGAAAUGAUACGUGCCAAAGAGAACGAAUGGAACAAUAUGAUCCAUUUGAAGAAGGUGAAAGAGGAAAUUUUGCUCCGAUUGACGCGCAAAAAACAUGUACUGAACCUCACCGAUACCAAACUAGGUGAAGAAUCGGAAUUCUCCAAUUUCGAUUCAUCCAAUUUAACAAAUGUGCGGUCCGCAUCGGUAGGUCCUCGGCCCCCGACACCGCCGCCGGAAGUGGAUGCCCGCCCCGCUUCCGUUACACCAAUGCACAGUAAUACGUUGAACAGUGGCGCCAGAAAUGCCAGUGGCUCGAGUCACUCUAUGCCUGGUGGCCGUCAACACUUUUCCCUUCCAAACAGCAAAGACAACAGUCUGUUCGCCCAGUUCAACCACAGCAACAGUUCCGUAACCAUGGUGCCAUUAUCAACGUCCUCCGCGUUGAUCACUUCCACGAAUACGAUCUUGCAGUCUAGGGCCAACAUGAAGUCCGCCGAAGUCGCGAGAGAAAAACCGAAUGCGGUCCAAAUUCAGCGGCAAAUUUUGCCGAAACCAGUUCUCUCCAACCAUCAGCAGAUUUUGAACAAUCUAGCCAUGUCGGCCGGACUGACCGCCGCUUCCAUAACCAGCGCUAGCGGUUCCACAUCGAUCUCAAACAGUGCACCGACGUCAACCCACGCUGCAAACGCGGCGGCUAUCGCAGCCAACAACAUCCUGGCCGGUCUGUCGGCCCAGGCAGCUGCCCUGCUAAACGGGCACCACAGUCCAUCGGGGUCCAAUCACCAUCAUCAGUCAGCGAACCAACUGCAAGUUGGCCGGCAAGGUGUUAUCAAGGAUGUCAAGAGUAUUAUCGCCGACUACAGGCAGAAACAUCCCGAGCAGGUUCCCCGACGAGGACGCCGGCUGAAGAAUAUUCCUAACUAUGACGGUGGAAAGGGUGCUCCCGGUUCGGCCGCUGCAAGGAUGACAGAGCUAAGCUUGCUACUGGCCGCAGCAGAGAACUCCCGUCCCUCUAGCAACGACUCGUCCCAGAGCAAUUCCAACAACCUGCCGGCCGCCGCCGGUGGCAGCUCGAACCCACCCGGUUUAUCCUUCAAAGAUGUCCUGGUGCAAUUUGCCAAAAUGAGCCAAUCCGAUCGUAAUUUGCUCUCCAAUCUGAGCAGCCUGACCAGCGCUGCUGUGGCUGCCACAACUGCAACUGCCUCAGCUACAACCAAUUCUUCAUCUUCUUCCCAUCAGCAGCAGCAGCAAUCGCAGCAGAAUGCUGCCGCCAAUCUUAGCAAAGGAGCGUAUCCAGAAGUUACGCUGCACCCGGUAAUGAACUCCAACUCUACUUCCGGCACCAACGCCGAAAUGAAUCAUACUUCUGGAAGCCAUACGAACGGCACUAACCAAUCACAGACUAGCAACAGUUCGACCAAUUCCUUACUACAUGGAAUCCUAACUAAAUCCUCUUCCCGGCCUAACGCCACCGGAUUUACCUCGUUCUCGCCGACCCUGGCCCGCCUAUUGACAGCUCCGGAGCGGAUGAGCUCACAGGCAGCAACCGUCACUUCCGGCGCUCUAGCGAACCUCCAGGCCAACACCGGACUGAAUCUGUCCAAGUCGAACAGUGAAAUCACGAUAACCCCAGUCGUGGCGUCCAACUUGCAGCAGUCACUGUUGGCCCAUCAGCAGCAGCUUCAAGAGCAACACAAGCAGCUGCAGCGGCUACGGGAGCAGCAUUUCCUGAACAUGGACGACGAAGCGGACGACAGCGUCGAUCGGCUGGUAAUCGACGAGGGCGAUGACCAUCAUGGUUCUUCCGGUGCCCCGCGUGCCGACGGGCAGCACCACCGGGAGCGGGAAGCGAACGUGGUGAUCACAACACGCGGCGGAAAUGGGCCCGACUUCGAGAAUGACGUCCCCGAGUGUCAGGGAUGCAAAAAGCGGGAAGCGCAGUUCGUGUGCGCCGGCUGCGGCAAUCAGUGGUACUGCAGCCGUGAAUGCCAGGUCAACGCUUGGGACGACCACUCCGAAGUUUGCACAGGCUAAACGCGGAAAACUCCAACGCUGAACGACUACGUCUACCACUACUACUACUGCUUUGAGAAGGUAUUAUUUUUAUCGCAAAUGACUAUUUGAAAGCAAACAUAAUAAGACACAUUGAACUAUCCAUUUAUCCUAAGAAGCGACCACACUGCAGCAUAACUAAUCAGUAUAGGAUUUCUAACAAAACCAAGCAAACCAAUUUGCGUAGAAAAUUUUCAAUCACUUGAGAUAGCAUCCCUAAAUAAUUUUUAAGAUAAAGAUAGCAGCGGAUAUGGAGCACUAUUGAAAGAUAAGAACAUUCCCUCCGUAGGAGGGCAAUAGAGAAUAGAUCGUCACGAACGAAUGUCCGAUUCUUAUUGUUUCAUUUUGAUACCAUAAUCGGUUAGGUGUGCAAUCAUUCUCCAAAGAGGAGCAAUAGAAACACACGCAUAUAACAUAGCAUUAGAACUAAGUUGCAUUUCUUGGUUUGAUAAGUGAGAUAAACGUUUACAGGAAAUGACCGAAUACACUUGGUCCAAUCUUAGUUCUUUUUAGUUUGACAGUUUAUUUCAGCAUGUUUCAUUCUACUUCGUUUUCUUCUUGGUUUAAACAAGAAAAAUAAGUGUCGUUGAAAAACAUGGAGUAGCAAAAAGUAACUUUUAACUUUAGAGAUUUGAUUCUUUGAAAUAUUCAACAAAAUCUGAAAGGUAGAAUUACUAGGAAGAUAUAAAAGAAUGACAAGUGAUCAAAAAAGGAAAGGUAGAUGUGUGUGUACGCAAAACAGUGGAAGAAACUACACUUAUUUAAACAUUACUAUUAAUUACAUCCUGUAAUUGAUCUUAUAUAUUUACCAACACAUUUAUAAUACCAGUGCACAGCUAACAUACAUAAAUAUCGUAACUAAGGCAUUGAAACUCUGAGUAUGGCAUACUGAACAGUAGCAGUAGACGACAAAAUGUGUGGGAAAGAAUGAAUAGGUCUGUGGUCAGUUGGCUCUCGAUGUCACUGGCGUGAUGGUUUAAUAAAAACACGUGCACUAAAUCGGCACGGGUUUGCGUGUGCGAAUUCGAUUGUAAUGAAACAGAAAUACAGUGUAACAGCAUUAA